ACCCUCUGACGCCGGCACACGUCACGACGGAAGAGGCUCGGGACUUCCGCGUUCCUCGCGUAGCAACAGGAGGGUUGGAGCGGAGCGGAGAUGGCGGACGUCAGGUUCCCCGUUCAGUAAAAACACAAACGAGACGGGAAGACGAGCGACGGCGGUGGCUGCGGAUUUCUCCUCCAUCGUUUCAUGGAGACACGGAGCCUCCGGGACUGAAAGCCGCCCCGAGGCCGCAUGGCGUCCACUCAGGUCCGGAUCGGCCAGCAGGCCUUGGUCGUGCUGGAUGUGGCGCUGCGAGUCCCCUGCAUCUUCAUCAUCGACGCCAUCUUUAACUCUUACUAUGACCCCGGGUCGGGAUGGGCCGGGGCAGCGGGGAAGGUGUUUGUCCGAGUCAUCGGCAUCCUCGUCUCCAGCGUGGUGCUGGUUCUCUCCCAGAAGGCCUUGUUUAAGUUCUACACGCUGUUCUUCGCCGUUCUCCUCGGCAUGGCGGCCGUCCUCAUCAACUACUACGCCACCUCGCACAUAGACUUCUACAGCGCCUACUACAAGGCGGCGCUGGGCUUCAGGCUGCUGCCCAGGAACGGGCCGACGCUGUGGCUGGGCAUGGCCGCCGUCCAGCUGCUGUUCGGCGUCGGCUACGUGUUCCUGCUCAACCUGCAGUCGGCGUUCGCCGCGCUGGUCGUCCUGGACAUCAUGAUCCCUCUGUGGGGGCUGAUGAUCGAGCUGCCCACCGACGUCCGGCAGCUGGUGGCCGUGUUCUCGGGCCUGGCGCUGGCCCUCAACACGGCCGUGUGCCUCGCCAUGAGGCUCAAGUGGUUCUACUACUCGUGCCGCUACGUCUACCUGCUGGUGCGGCACAUGUACCGGAUCUACGGGCUGCAGCUGCUGCUGGAGGACACCUGGAAGAGGAUCCGCUUCCCCGACGUGCUGCGGGUGUUCUGGUUGACCCGGGUCACCGCGCAGGCGCUCAUCCUGGUCUACGUGGUGAGGGCGGUGAGGAGGGAGAGCGGCGACGCCACAGGAGGCGCUGCAGACGGCGGCUCUGACCCGCAGGGCUACCUGCUGAGCUGGGACGUCUUCUGGGAUCUGUCCAGCAACCUGAUCAUCUCCGGCUGCGACUCCACGCUGACCGUGCUCGGCAUGAGCGCCGUCAUCUCCUCCGUCGCUCACUACCUGGGCCUCAGCAUCCUCGCAUUCAUAGGCUCGACAGAGGAGGAGGACAAGCGUCUGGGCUUCGUGGCUCCGGUUCUGUUCUUCAUCCUGGCUCUGCAGACGGGCCUCAGCAGCCUGGACCCAGAGGAACGCCUGGUCCGCCUGAGCCGCAACAUGUGCCUUCUGCUGACAGCCAUCCUGCACUUCAUCCACGGCAUGACCGACCCCGUCCUCAUGUCCCUGAGCGCCUCGCACGUCUCCUCCUUCCGCCGCCACUUCCCCGUGCUGCUGGUGUCGCUGGCGCUCUUCGUGCUGCCCGUGGCGCUCAGCUACGCCCUGUGGCACCACUACGCCCUCAACACCUGGCUGUUCGCCGUCACCGCCUUCUGCGUCGAGCUCUGCCUCAAGGUGGUGGUGUCGCUGACGGUCUACGGCCUCUUCAUGGUCGACGGCUUCUACAACGUGCUGUGGGAGAAGCUGGACGACUACGUCUACUACGUGCGCUCCACGGGCAACGUCAUCGAGUUCCUCUUCGGCGUCAUCAUGUUCGGCAACGGCGCCUACACCAUGAUGUUCGAGUCGGGCAGCAAGAUCCGCGCCUGCAUGAUGUGCCUGCACGCCUACUUCAACAUCUACCUGCAGGCCAAGAACGGCUGGAAGACCUUCAUCAACCGCCGCACGGCCGUCAAGAAGAUCAACUCGCUGCCGGAGGUGCGCGGCGAGCAGCUGCGGGACAUCGAGGACGUGUGCGCCAUCUGCUACCAGGAGUUCGCCACCUCGGCCCGCAUCACGCCCUGCCACCACUACUUCCACGCGCUGUGCCUGAGGAAGUGGCUGUACAUCCAGGACACGUGUCCCAUGUGCCACCAGAGGGUUUACGUGGAGGAGGAGAGCCGAGACCGGGCCGCCUUCUCCAACAACAACGGGGGCUACGCCGCGCCGCAGGACGCCGCCGCCGCCGCCCCGCCGCCGGGCGAGGACGAGCGGGGCCAGCCCGACGCCGAGCUGCCGGCGGAGAGAGCGGACGCCGCCGCGCUCGCCGCCGCGGGGCCGGAGGCGGAGAACGAGCUGCUGGAGGACAAUGACAGUAUAGAGUACGACGAGGACGAGUGGGGGACUCAGAACGGCGGCACGCCGAUAGAGGAGGACUACAUCAACGAUGACACAGACUCCACCGGAGACUGACCGCUACAGAUCUAUAGAGAAAUUAAUAAAUAUAUCUUUAUUAUAUAAGUUAAAAAAAAAAAGAUAUUAAAAAAAAACAACAGCAUCUUAAUUUGUUCUUGAAAAAUGUCAGGGAUGUCAUUUCUUUUUCUUUUUAGUUUCUUUUUGUUUUGCUUUUGAGUUUCGGGUUUUUGCUCAAUAAGGGCUUGUGGAAAGUGAAACUGCUGCUCUUAUUCAAUGUGUGUGUGUGUGUGUGUGUGUGUGUGUGUGUGCUGGGGCUGCAUGAUGUAGACCAAAAUCUUUUUUUUUUUUUUUUUUUUUUUUUAAAUACCUCCUCAAUUUUAAGAUUAAGAUGCAAGUCUUGGCACAGCGUGGCUUGUUCGACUUUUUUUUUCUUUAGCAUUAAAACUGAUGCACAUUGUUCAGUUUAAAUUAGAGUUUAAAUAACAGAUUUUCUCCAAAACGUUGUCGCUGCCGGGGAUUCUGCACAGCUGCGCCUUUCUGAGGAAGCUGUGAGAUACAACUGUGACAAAGAACUGACAGAAGAUUUUAGAGUUUCAAUAGCUGUUUUUUUCUUUUCUUUUUUUUUUUUUUGAGUAUUGGUUUUCUGUCAGUUGUGCAGCCCAUGCGUGUGUGUGUGUGUGUGUGUGUGUGUGUGUGAGCAUGUGCGAGCAUGCGUGUGUGCCUGCCGACAUGUAAUGUGCUUUAGGUGAUGUCUUAAAGAUGCAGUUCACGUUCCCUUGUGUUUUGUAGGGGAGGCACUGGUGAGCUCGCUGCUUUCCUGACAGAGAAACAAAGAAAAGAUGAAGAGAGAGAGAGAGAGAGAGAGAGAGAUGGAAGACAGACAGAAAUUUGGAAGGAGAAUAAAUGAAGGCAGAGGAGUAAACUUUCUGUCGGCUCUGCACCAGCGAGCGAGAGAGGAAGAGAGAGAGAGAGAGAGAGAGAGAGAGAGAGAGAGAGAGAGAGAGAGAGAGAGAGGUCUGUGUGAUUAAAAGUGACUUGCUACUGUAAUCACUGAUAUACCUCUGUCAUUACUUACUACUGGUCUCUUGUGUGACCUCGCUUACAUUUGUGUACGUUUUUGUACAUGGAAUAAUAAAACAAACACGUGCACACUUUUUCCCUUAGACUAAGAGAAAAGGUUGUUUUCAAAUAUGUGUUUUUUUUUCCCGCCCCUCUCUCUUCGCGCAGAUCGGCGUUGAUUUUAUUUAAACUGUUUGUCUUGGACUCAGAAUUGAGAAGACACGAUGACGGUGCUGGUGUGGGAACAAUCUGAUUGCAUGGUGUUGAAUGCAGGGUUAGGCUUCACAGACAGGAGAAAGAGAAAGUACACCCUCCUUCAGUUCUAUGGCUUUACGUGUCAGGACAUAAUAAAUAACUGACUGAUCCUCAGCAGCUCCUAAAACGAGGUAAAUCUAACCUCAGGUGUGGAACAACACACACCAGAUUCCACCAGGUCACGAAUUUAUUGAGCAAAAAUUCAGCCGAAAAUGCAGGAGCCGUGUGUGAGAACAGCCCGUGAGUCAGUCACCAAGUUUCGGGUGAUUUUUUUUUUUUUUUUUUUUUUUUAUUACGUCCUGAAGGUGAAACCAUAAAACUGGAAGAGGGUUCACUUUCUGUUUCUCUUGACUGUAUAAUGAUCAUCAAUGUUCCUCAUUUAUUCUCCCUUAAAACAGUAGGGGAUCCAGUAUGGGAAAUUGUCAAUCAGAGACUUUAAGUUCCUUUAAAAACAAACAAAAAAAAAUAAAAAUUUGUGCUAUCUUUUUUUUUUUUUUUUUUUUUUUUUUUAAUAAUGUCGUAGCAUAACUUUUCAUUUCCGAGGUGAAAGCAAAAGCAGGGGGCUCUUGUUCCAUCGACAUCCAGAAUCGAACCACUGCACCUUCCUGAAUUCUCAAACUACAUUUCUAGUCUCAGGGUUCCUUCGCAGGCCUGGAAGAGUGUGAAAAAAAAGAUAUAUAAAUCUAUAUAUAUAUGGGAAGAUGCUGCUCGGCUGCAGCAAACUCAUAAUUACCCUCUUGAUGCUGAUGCAAAGCCUCUGUCAUUUCAUACAUGUGCUGGUGUUCAGCUGCAGAGAGUCUUGAGCGGCAGACAGAGGCAGGAAGCUGUGGAAACUGAGGGCAGAGCGGCUCAGUCUUUCUCUUGGUUCUGCGUUUCUCUUGUUAAUGAAUAAGCUUUCAAGCACAACUCUGAGUAUUACCGUGUCAAGACCCCCGCGGCCCCGAGCGGCUCCGGGCUCCUCUGCUGGAAACGAGCCGCUGGUGCUCCCGGCGGCUCGGGGCUCGGGGUCUUCACCCGACUGAGAAGCUGUGCUUUUUGGUCACGAAGCCAUGAAGGACUUUGAUCACUGGGCCGGUUGUUCUGGAGCUUUCUGAGAGGUCAAAGCUGUUCACUUUGCCUUUUGUUUUAAAAAGAGAUUUAUGUAAAUAAAAUCAUCUUUGAUAUUGC